AUGGACGCCAACUGCAGAAAGAGGAAACUCGAAUUUUUUGAAGUUAAUGUCCGUGCUGUAACGGACACUCUAGACCUAUCUGUUUCGCCAUUUAUGGGGAUAAAAUGCCGUUCAUUAUGUCGGAUGCAAGGACCUUGGGCGUUUCGAUCAAUACCCCGAAAUUAUAUGAACUUGCCAUACAACAUAACAACUUAUCAACAAUUGGUGGUGUAUGGAUCUUCGAAAGCAUGGCCGUCAUUUAUAAUACAGAACCUCAGUGAAAUAGUCGUCAGACCUCGACGGUCUGGGGGACAUAAAUCACUUUGGAGACGGUCCAAAAAGUUCCUAAGAAACUGCGUCACAUGCGUCGGAUGCCAAGUUUGUUUCUGCCUGUGA